CCUGGAGAUCCCGUAUGGGAGUCUCGCGAACAAAACGCGUCCAGAGCUAUCCAAGCAACGCCUUGCCACUGAUUGAGCGAUCGAGCUGGCCCGCGCGCUUGUGCCUCUGGAGAAAGCAUGAUGCCACCUGCAAGCAGAACAAUACAAGAUGCGACUUGUGAAGAUCAGCAAUGGGGAGCGACUCAGCUUGACUGAGGAUUUGAUGGGCGACGAUGACGACAUCCCUCUUUAUGCCAUACUGUCGCAUACGUGGACGAAGGAUCAGGAGGUGACUUUCGAUGACCUCAAGAACGGCACCAGUAGCGACAAGGAAGGGCUAAAGAAGAUACAAUUCUGCGCAAAACGAGCUAUGCGUGAUGGCCUCUCACAUUUCUGGGUAGAUACAUGUUGCAUCGACAAGAACAACCCAGUAGAGCUUCAGUACGCAAUAAAUUCGAUGUUCAGCUGGUACCGGGAUGCAGCAAAAUGCUACGUUUAUCUUUCGGACGUUUCGACAACGAAGCGUAAAAAGAGCACCGAUCCCUCACCAUUCACUUGGGAGCCUUCCUUUCGACACAGUCUGUGGUUCACUCGGGGCUGGACUCUGCAAGAGCUUCUCGCACCUGAGAGUGUCAAAUUCUUUUCAAAAGAAGGAUACUAUCUAGGUGACCGUCUUGAGCACAAGAAGAUGAUCCACGAGAUCACAGGGAUCCCGGUCACCGCAUUGUCAGGCAGAUCGUUGCAUAAGUUCGGUGUUGAAGAACGUCUCUCAUGGUCGGACAAGCGCAAAACUACCUGGCCAGAGGAUAAAGCAUAUUCAAUGCUAGGAAUUUUCGGUGCCUUCAUGCCAUUGCUGUAGGAUGAAACACAGCAAAAUGCCUUUCGCCGCCUGCGCAAAUGCAUUGAUGAAUUGCGUCGUGAUCAGACUCAAAUGGCCAGCACCGACACAAAGAUCGAAGUCACACCACAAAUGCUUAAUUGUCUCAAGUCCUUGUCGUUCCCGGAACAGGACCAAAGG